GCGCAGGCGCAGUAGCGGCCAACAUGGCGGCGGCGGUUCCUGAGGUAAAUGCCGCGGCGGCGCUUCCCAGCGAAGAACCGGAGGCGCCACCCACUACCGCAACGGCCCGCCCGGCUCGCUUGCCUUUGUCCCGGGUGAAAGCGCUGGUCAAAGCCGACCCGGAUGUCAGCCUCGCCAGCCAAGAAGCCGUCUUCAUCUUGGCCCGCGCUACGGAGCUGUUUGUGGAGACCAUUGCCAAGGACGCCUUCAUCUUUGCCCAGCAAGGCAAGAGGAAGACCCUCCAGAGGAAGGACUUGGACAACGCCAUUGAAGCCGUGGACGAAUUUGCCUUCCUGGAAGGGACAUUGGACUGAAUGGAGAGAAGGAAGCAGGAUGCAUUGAAGUGAAACAGACUUUGCAACUCUUCUGUCUUUAUCCACGGAGCCCCACAUCGAGGUCAAUGAAUGGAUUCAUUUGUGAAGGCGCCUUUCAUUGGCAGCAAGGGCUUUCCCUGUGGAUGAAGGCUUCAACUCGGGUCCCACCUCCAAGCCAGUUCAUUUCAUUGCACACAAAUAUUGUUAUCAUUUUGCAUUUGUUUUCAAUGGUCUCAAUGAGAUUAUCGUUUAUUAAAUUAUACUCUAUUAAAUUGUCUUAAA